GGCGGCGCGCGGGCGGGGAGGGGCCGCGGGGCGGUUGCCUUGCCGAGGAGGCGCGGCGUGUGGCGUUGCCUCCGGAGUGCGGCAUAUAGUGUCGCCCAGCAGCGGCGCGGCGCCGCUCGGUAGUUUAAAGCGCCCUCAGGAGUAGCAGCAGCAGCAGCAGCCGCCUUCCCGCCCGCUCCUCGCCCGGCUCCGUGUGAGGAGGAGCAGCAGCAACAGCCAUGAAAGGGAAGCAGCAGCCGCCUCACACGCCGCCUCCGCCGCCCAGCGCCGGCUCUCCUCUGCUGAAAGGCGCAGACGACGCCGACGAAGCUCCUCGCUUCCCAGCAAGCGACGGGGAUGCCGGCGGAACGGGCGCCCCUGCGGAGCCCGGCACCGCGCCGGCUCCCGCCUCGGCGGCCGGCGACGGGCUGGCUCUCAGACCGCUGGGUCCGACGCCGAGCCAGAGCCGCUUCCAGGUGGACCUGGUGGCCGAGAACGCGGGGCGAGCGGCCGCGGUGGGGGAAGAAGAGGCGGCGGCCCCCAAACCCCCCGGGGACGGGAAAGGCGGCGAGGAAGCCAAAGGCCGGUUCCGGGUGAACUUCGUGGACCCUUCGGCCGGCGACGACAGCUCGGGGGAGCCCGGGGGCGAAGGCUGCAACGUGAGCUUCCAGAACGGGGGCGACACGGUGCUGAGCGAGGGGAGCCUGCAUUCCGGCGGCGGCUCCGGGGGCCACCAUCACUACUACUACGACACCCACACCAACACCUACUACAUGCGCACCUUCGGACACAACACCAUCGACGCCGUGCCCAGGAUAGACUAUUACCGGCACACGGCCUCCGGACUCGGGGAGAAGCUCAUCCGGCCCAGCCUGGCGGAGCUGCACGACGAGCUGGACAAGGAACCAUUUGAGGAUGGAUAUGCAAAUGGAGAAGAAGGAACUCCUACGGGAGAUGCCACUGCUACUUAUACUGCUGAAAGUAAAGGGAUUGUCAAGUUUGGUUGGAUUAAAGGUGUAUUGGUACGAUGCAUGUUGAAUAUCUGGGGUGUGAUGCUGUUCAUUCGGCUGUCCUGGAUUGUAGGACAGGCUGGCAUAGGACUUGCAGUCUUGGUCAUUGCAAUGGCGACUGUGGUAACUACGAUCACAGGCUUGUCUACAUCAGCAAUAGCUACCAAUGGCUUUGUGAGAGGAGGGGGAGCAUAUUAUCUAAUUUCCAGAAGCCUGGGUCCAGAAUUUGGUGGUGCAAUAGGCUUGAUAUUUGCAUUUGCUAAUGCUGUUGCUGUAGCCAUGUAUGUUGUUGGUUUCGCAGAGACCGUUGUAGAACUGCUUAAGGAACAUAAUUUAAUUAUGUUGGAUCAAAUGAAUGACAUCAGAAUAAUAGGAGCCAUCACAAUUGUUGUUUUAUUGGGCAUCUCUGUGGCAGGAAUGGAGUGGGAAGCUAAAGCACAGAUUGUUCUGCUUGUGAUCCUGCUAGUUGCUAUUGUUGACUUCAUCAUAGGAACAUUUAUUCCAUUUGAAAGCAAGAAGCCUAAAGGUUUUUUUGGCUACCAAGCUGAAAUCUUUUAUGAGAAUUUUGGACCAGAUUUCCGAGAAGAAGAAACUUUCUUUUCAGUAUUUGCUAUAUUUUUCCCAGCUGCGACAGGCAUUCUAGCGGGUGCAAAUAUCUCAGGUGAUCUUGCGGAUCCUCAAUUAGCCAUACCUAAAGGGACCUUGUUGGCCAUCUUAAUUACUACAGUGGUAUACAUUGGAAUUGCAGUAUCUGUAGGUGCUUGUGUUGUUCGAGAUGCCACUGGGAGCAUUAAUGACACAUUUGUCGGUGAGCUGACAAACUGUACCACUGCAGCUUGUAAGCUUAACUUUGAUUUCUCCUCAUGUGAAAAAGGAGGCUGUCCUUAUGGGCUAAUGAACAACUUUCAGGUAAUGAGCAUGGUAUCAGGAUUUGCACCUCUGAUAUCAGCUGGUAUAUUUUCGGCCACCCUUUCUUCAGCAUUAGCAUCUCUCGUCAGCGCACCUAAAAUCUUCCAGGCUUUGUGUAAAGACAAUAUUUAUCCUGGUUUCCUGAUGUUUGCUAAAGGCUAUGGGAAGAAUAAUGAGCCUUUACGAGGAUAUCUGCUGACCUUCUUGAUUGCUCUUGGAUUCAUAUUAAUUGCUGAACUGAAUGUAAUCGCUCCCAUUAUUUCCAAUUUCUUCUUGGCUUCCUAUGCCUUAAUUAAUUUCUCUGUAUUCCAUGCUUCUCUUGCAAAAUCUCCAGGCUGGCGUCCUGCUUUUAAGUACUACAACAUGUGGGUGUCUCUAGUUGGAGCAAUACUUUGCUGUAUAGUGAUGUUUGUCAUUAACUGGUGGGCAGCACUCCUCACAUAUGUCAUCGUUCUAGGACUCUACAUUUAUGUAACUUACAAGAAGCCAGACGUAAAUUGGGGGUCUUCAACUCAAGCCUUGACUUACCUAAAUGCUUUGCAGCAUGCUGUUCGCCUUACUGGUGUGGAAGACCAUGUGAAAAACUUCAGGCCACAAUGCCUUGUCAUGAGUGGUGCUCCAAGCUCACGUCCGGCUUUGCUUCAUCUAGUACAUGCCUUCACCAAGAAUGUAGGAUUGAUGAUCUGCGGCCAUAUACAUAUGGGCCCUCGCAGGCAGGCCAUGAAGGAAUUGUCAACAGACCUGGCCAGGUACCAGCGGUGGCUUAUUAAAAAUAAAAUGAAAGCCUUUUAUGCUCCAGUACAUGCAGAAGAUUUGAGAGAUGGUGCGCAAUACCUAAUGCAGGCUGCAGGUUUGGGACGAAUGAAACCAAACACGCUUGUUCUUGGGUUUAAGAAAGAUUGGCAAUCAGCUGACAUGAACGAUGUUGAAACCUACAUCAACUUAUUACACGAUGCCUUUGACAUUCAGUAUGGAGUAGUAGUUAUCCGUCUGAGGGAAGGUCUGGAUAUUUCUCACCUUCAGGGGCAAGAAGACUUAUUGUCGUCCCAAGAGAAAUCACCAGUAACCAAAGACAUUAUAGUAAAUGUGGACUAUAGCAAGAAGACUGAGACAGUAACGUCCAAGCCUGUGAGUGAAAAAGCUCCUAUUCAUAAAGAAGACGACGACGAUGGCAAGACUCCAACGCAGCCACUUUUGAAAAAAGAUCCUAAAGGUCCGGCCUUGAACUUGGCUGAUCAAAAAUUGCUUGAUGCAAGUUCUCAGUUUCAGAAGAAACAAGGGAAAAAUAAUAUUGACGUAUGGUGGCUUUUUGAUGAUGGGGGCUUGACGCUGUUGAUUCCGUAUCUUCUGACAACCAAAAAAAAGUGGAAAGACUGCAGGAUCAGAGUGUUCAUUGGUGGAAAAAUAAACAGAAUAGACCACGACAGAAGAGCAAUGGCUACACUGCUCAGCAAAUUUCGGAUAGAUUUCUCAGAUAUCAUGGUUCUUGGUGAUAUCAAUACAAAGCCAAAGAAAGAAAACAUUGCAGCUUUUGAAGAAAUGAUCGAGCCAUUCCGACUUCAUGAAGAUGAUAAAGAGCAAGAUGUUGCAGAUAAAAUGAAAGAAGAUGAACCUUGGAGAAUCACAGAUAAUGAAAUUGAGCUAUACAAAACAAAGAGCCAACGCCAGAUUAGGUUAAAUGAAUUACUGAAAGAACAUUCAAGCACAGCUAAUCUAAUUGUUAUGAGUUUGCCAGUAGCACGAAAAAGUGCGGUAUCAAGUGCACUAUACAUGGCGUGGAUCGAAGCGCUUUCAAAGGACCUGCCACCAAUUCUCCUUGUCCGUGGGAACCAUCAGAGUGUUCUUACCUUCUAUUCCUAAGCACUACUGCGCAGCAUGUAGCUGUGAAGAAAUGGUACUUCAGUGCCUAAAGUGGGAGAGACUGAGAUGUUUGAUUAAAAUAUUAACAUCACACACAGGCAAAAAGUGACUACUCUUUUUCACUGUUCCACUGACUUGAAAGCACACAAGGAAAGUCACUAUACUCCUAAAGUUGUGAAAGCUUCAGUUUUCUUCUAAUUCUUCUGUAAUUUAAUCUUGCUUAAUGGGGGAAGAUUUCUUGCUGGACUGAAGAAUGAAUAAACAGGUUUUUCUUUGCUACUUGAGCGGCAGCAAUAAAAGUGUUUAUUUUUGAUCAGUGAAAGGAUUAUAGAUUUAUAAACGCCUUUUAGCCUUGAGGUGCCUUCUGAAGUUAACCAAAUUUCAUCCAUAUACUCUAUUUUGUAAAUUUAUAAAGAAUGUCAGUCUGCCAUUGGCUAAAACUUUAGAUCAAACUUCUUUUAGUUUAGACUUCCAUUUUAAUAAAAAUGCUGCGUUCUGGUCUUCCAUAAAGGUAUUAGUUUUAUUGUUGUAUGUUUCCUGUUGUUUGGAAUGGUGUGUGUUUUGUUUUUAAAGAUCUCUGUUGGAUCUAAGACAAAGCUAAAAAGUGGAGCAAGUUGGCUGUAAUUAAAAAAAAAAACACCAAAUUUGUUACGUUGAUAUCUAGGACUUUGUACUUUUCCAUUUGUACCACUGAAUAAAGCUAAAGUGUAUUGACAGAGGGUCCUCUUUAGAUUUCAUCAGAUAUAUAUAUUUCCUAUUGGGCUACUUUGGCUGAAGGUUAGUGGACCAGUCUUCACUCUGUAGCUCUACUGUGAAGCUGCAGUUAUGUUACAUGAUGAUGUAAAUGUCAGGCGCGUUUAUGAUAUGCCAUCUAACAGGAUACUUCAAUCUUUCAAGGACCAUCUAAAUAAAGUUAACAGUUUGUUCACCUGCUUAAAUGGACCACAUUUUAUUAGAGGUGUCCCAAAGGCAAUUUAUUCAGUUGUCAGAAUCUAUGUUUAGUCUUGUUAAAUACUCAGGUUUGAUCCUCUUGACCUUAUGUUUUAAUUUGUAUGUGAUGACCUUGUGUAUUCAAGAACUGCCAAUUUGUGUGCCCUCAAUUUGUGUGUGUGUGUGUGUGUGGUUUGACUGCUUUAUAUUUUUUUACUCGAUGACUUGCUUACUGAAGAAUCACUUGAGGUUUUAUUCACUAGUUUGUAAUAGUGCUUAUGCCUAUUAUCUGUAAGAGUUGCCUCAAACCCUUUCCCAGUCUCUUGGCAUUAAUACGGGGUAAUAUGGGCUAGAUUGAAAACCUGUAAUUUGGAUAUUGAAGAUAGAGAAUAUGAAUACACAAUAUUUUUACUGUGCAAGAUCAGAAUAAACGAACAAAUUUAUUUUGGUAGUCCCAGUUACUGAGACAAGGUGAUUCUUGCAGAUGGUGAUUAGCAUUCUAGUAAGUUACGACUCUCAUUGUCUUACCAGUGCUGUUUGUGUUCUCCCCUUUUCAGAAGUGCAAUACAAGUUGGCUGCCAGGUAGAGUAAAUCAAUGCCAGUACCUAGUUUUCAAAGAAAAUUUAAAGUCUUAUAAUAAGAACAGGAUUUUUUUUUCCUAAAAAGCAUUCCCAAUGUGUAAUAGCAUUGAUAAUUACAAGUUUGCAGUGCUUAUUGGUGUGAUGAGGGCAUAAAAUUAUUCAAUUAAUCUGAACUUCUGUUUCCAUUGUUUAUGUACAGACAGUAGGGCAUGAACCUAGUGCUGCUAUCGUGAAAAAGUGCACUGGUACACUUAUUCAAAAUUUUGCUAUUCAGGAAAAACAUUGCUUGUUAUCUGUAAAAGGAACCAAAUGAAAAGUGUCUCUGUGUGCUGUGUAAAAAAAAAUCAAAUUUAUCUAAAUAUGCAUAUAUGGAUGGGAGCAAAAUGUAGUCUGUAAAUUAAUAAAGGUUACUUCAUACAUGAGAAUUCUCAGUACUUCACACACACACACCACACUAGACACCAAGACAACAAUUGUACAAUUUAUUCUAACACUCCAAUAAACUUAAUUGCACCUUGUUAGCAAGAGGCAAUUUUAUGACACAUAGCCAUUCCAAUUUUCAGUUAUUAUGAAUUGAUCUUUUCUUUUUGGCGCCAUGUUUUCUUAAGUUCCAAUCAGUAAUGACUUGAAAUAAUUGUUUUCCAUUGACACUCAGCAAUACCAUUUCUGUAGCAGAAACUUCAUUUUAUGAAAUUAGGAAGUGUUUAGAAAGUAGCUGAAAAAAAAUCAAUUAUUUAUUUGUUACGUUUGUAUUAGGCUUUCCUUUUUACAUAAUUUGUUUUAUAUGCUUUUCUGUUUAUUUAAAAAUGAACUAUGGUCUUAAUUUAAGGAUUGAGCUUGGUUGGUACUAUUCCUCAGUUUGAAAAUGUCAUGUCAUAUUUUGAUAAUAUUGUACUGUAACUGUCACACACAAUGGGUUUUCUAAUGUUUUAACAACUUGAGUAUUGCAGUUACUACUCUGUAUUGGGGAGGGAUCACUGCAAUAAAUGGGAGUGAAUUAACUGUGGUUGCCUAAAUCAGCCUAUUUUUAUUAAUAAAUUCCUUUCCUCUGGU